AUGGGCAAAAUUAACAUCGAAACGGAAGUUGAAUCCGUCCUCUCGGAACAAUCCGCCACGUGCGAGAAACUCAAAAUUCGAGUCUCCGAGACGGUUGAAGGGGUGAAUUUGUCGGCGAAAUUUGUCCUCCCGGUGAACGUGGAGGUAUCCUCCAAAGGCAAUUUGGAUGCGAACAUGCAGACGAGUAAAGUGGACUUAGAAGCCGCGAAGGAUUUUUGGAAGAUCAAGUUAGACGACGUGGACCAAAACACGCAGAAUAUUAUGGAUGUGUUGAAAAUCUCCGUGAGAGAGAAAGUGUCGGCGAUCGACUCGACCGCGACGUUGGAGUGGAAGGCGAAAGGAAACGCGGUGAAAGGCAUUUUGGAACCACCGGUUUUCGAAGGCGUGAAGUCAACGCUGGAGUUUGAUAACUCCAAGAAGCAAUUGACGGUGACUGCGAAGAAGAAAAUCGAUAAGAUUGACGUCUCCGUGAAAGCGGACGCGAACGUCAAGACGCAAACGUUCAAGGGAGGGAAAAUGACCCUCAGUUAUCCGCUUCCGGAAGGCGUGAAAGGAAGCUUGGAAGCCUCUACGAACGGGAGCGGUAAGAUUACUUUGAGACGAGGUAAUUUGAGCGCGAAGAUGCCGUUGAAGAACUUUACGAGCGCGCCAAAUAUGAACGACGUGAAGUUGGAGUUCAACUACUCCACCGAUAUCGCUUCGUUUUAA